AUGACUUCAACAGCCAUAGCAAAGUAUUCGUAUGAACCUCAACGAGAGGAUGAACUGCGAUUGUGCAAAGGCGAUGUGGUCACGGUACUAGAGAAAAGUUCCGACGGAUGGUGGAAAGGCCAGUGUCACGGCGAAACCGGUUGGUUUCCGUCUAAUUACAUCGAUGAAUCUCCGCCGAAUACGUUCUCUCCGGCAAAAAUGCUUGCUGGAGGUGAUAUCGGCAAUGGAAUACAGAAGCCGAAAAAUAUUUCGAUGAUAUCCUCACCGAAGCAAACGAUCCUUGAAGUUGUAAUAGCGUUGUAUUCAUUUGAUGCACAGACAGCUGGCGAGUUAUCUUUUCGCAAAGGUGAACGUUUAGAAAUUAUCGAUCAUCCGGCGCAUGAUCCAGAAUGGUGGAAAGCCAGAAAUUCGAAGGGAUGCACCGGCCUUGUCCCUACCAAUUAUAUUGAGGUUCUUGAAAGAAAUCCGUCUGCAAACAAAGACAACUUUAUCAGUUCGGCUGUCGUACAAGACAAACGUGCCCUCAUAGCAACUGCCUCAUCCAAUGGAUCCUUCCCUUCAGCUCCCUUGAAGACAAGUUCCCCUCCAAGGACGCAACAAGCUGUUACCGCUGGGAUGGGAGGAGGUGUCUAUGUUGGUCAACCGUGGUAUUAUGGUCGAUUGACACGGGACGAAAGUGAUGCGCAGUUGAAUGCUCGGGGUACUGAUGGCGAUUAUUUGGUUCGUGAUAGUGAAAGUAAUCCUGGUGAUUAUUCGAUAUCGCUGAAAGGAACUGGUAGAAAUAAGCAUUUCUGGGUGCAGGUAGACAACGUCAAUAAGACUUUCAAAAUUGGUACACGAACAUUCAAUACGAUGGAUGAGUUGAUUCAGCAUUAUAUGAAGAGUCCUAUCUAUACUAAUGAUAAAACCAAUGAGCGAUUAUUCUUAGUUCGACCUUUGCCGAGAUGA